AUGUCUUCAUCAUCCAGACGUUCUCCCCAGCUCUUGUUUUCAUCCAGAAACCUCCAAGCAUCUCAGCUCAUGAACACGCAAGGUGGCGUUUCCAGCUCAAGACCGUUCCUCAACAUGCUAAAUCCGAUGGGAAGAGCUUACGACGGAUACACUCAGGCGAGCCAGUCUGUCGUAGAAGAAGAGAAUGAGAAUGAAAGCGCAGAGGAAGACCUCGAGGCUGGCCACGCGACCAGGAGUAGCAUAUUCAAAAGCACCACAAAGCCGCACGGAAAGCACAGGGUUUCUUGGGAAGGAGAGUCCUCGGAGAUGAACAUUUUAAGGCCGAAUAUACGUCGAGAUGAUAAAGGUUAUGAACAAGAGUCAUCUGACGACGAAGUCCCACAGAGUUUCAUGAUAGAGGCUUCUAGCUCACCUCACAAACCAUCCCCUAUUCCAAAGUCAUCAAGGCGGCAGGAAAAGGGAAAAGGACGAUCCCAGCCACUAUAUUCCACCUCAUCCAGAUCCCUUCCGCCCGCUGAGGCUCUUCCUACAGUAUCUAUUCCACCAAGGCCCUCUGAGUUAGAUAUCGAGGAAACUAGCCAGCUACCACCUCAAGAGCGAUUGCCCCCGAAACCAAUGCGUGGACUUGAUGCCUAUGAACGUGCACUUUGGAAUUGGGUCAAUGUCUACAACCUGGAUGCUUUCUUGCAAGAGGUCUAUUAUUAUUAUCAGGGAAAGGGCAUAUAUUCUAUAGCGCUGGCUCGUGGGCUUAAUCUUUUAACAGUAGGGUUUGUGAUAGGUUUUUCGACGUUUUUGUUGGGAUGUGUCGACUAUGCCCGCAUCCGUCCUAACAAGAUCACCCGCCUUUCUGAUGUAGUUGUGUCUCAAUGUGUAUCCAAGUUCUCUGGCUUUACAUUGCUGUUUUUCCUGCUAUUUACUGCGUUUUAUAUAUGGCAAAUAAUAUCCUUCAUAUUUGAAGUUAUGCGGCUCGUAGACAUGUAUCAUUUUUAUACACACCUGCUUCGCAUCCCAGACGCCGACAUACAAACCAUUUCUUGGCCCGAAAUCGUAAGGCGGAUAGCUACGAUUCGUGAAGAGAACCCCAUAACAGCCAUAUCUUCAGCUGCUGGUUCUAAUGCCGCUACCACCGCUACUGCUUCUUUGGACGCUCAUGACAUUGCUAAUCGUAUCCUGCGACAAGAAAAUUAUUUGAUCGCACUGUUCAACAAGGACGUUCUAGAUUUACGAGUUCCGCUACCUCCAGCAAUGAAGCAGUUCUUGAACCGAGUGGAAGAUGAUGGGAAAGGCAGAACACUAACCAGAGUGCUAGAGUGGAACCUUAGAUUUUGUCUGAUGGAAUACUUGUUUGACCCCCAAGGCCGGGUGAGGAAGGUAUUCCUCAAAAGUAAAAAUAGAGCUGCAUUGAUUGAAGGACUUCGACGGCGUUUUAUCUUCAUGGGAAUAUUAAAUGCUGCAUUUGCACCAUUUAUCGUCCUGUAUAUGCUGAUGUAUUCGUUCUUUCGAUAUUUCGAGGAAUAUCACAAAGAUCCUUCGUCAAUAGGAGGACGCCGUUAUACCCCUUUCGCUCAGUGGAAAUUCCGGGAAUUUAACGAGCUUCCUCACCUCUUCACGCGAAGACUUGAUGAGUCAUAUCCUACGGCAAGCAUGUAUAUCGGACAGUUUCCCAAUGAGAAAAUGACUAUCAUCAUGCGAUUCGUUGCGUUCAUUGCUGGAUCCUUUGCUGCAGUGCUUUUUCUGGCAUCAGUCGUCGAUCCAGAUUUGUUUAUACACUUUGAAAUCACUCCACACCGAACAGUCUUCUUCUAUCUGAGUGUAUUUGGUUCGGUUCUAGCAGUCGCUAGAGGUAUGAUUCCAGAGGACAACCGAGUCUUUGAUCCGGAGCUUCUCAUGUCGGAUGUCAUACAAUAUACGCACUAUAUGCCCGACGAAUGGAAGAACGAGCUACAUUCCAAGAAAGUUCACCAACAAUUCGGGGAACUCUUUGCCAUGAAAGUCCUUAUAUUUAUCCAGGAAAUUGUCUCCGUCGUUACCACUCCUUUUGUAUUGUGGUUUUCGCUUCCGCCAUGUGCACCCAGUAUCGUCGACUUCUUCCACGACUUCACGGUCUGGGUCCCUGGGCGCGGUUAUAUUUGCAGUUUCGCUGAAUUUGACUUCAAGCGGCAUGGUAAUGUCAAGUUUGGUGCCCCUGCUAUCAUUCAAGACGAAAGGAUGCUAUCGCGGGAAGGCAAGAUGGAAAAGAGCUUCCUCAACUUCAAAGCUGCUAAUCCCGACUGGAACCCAACGGAUCCCUCUGGUUCGCUAUACCUCACCCGUAUGGCUGACUUCAGUGCAACGCUAGCAGGACACAGUCGCCGACGAUCUGGUAGCGGGCUGGAGAGCACCAUCGGCGCUGAACAGAAAAAGGACCUCGCAGACAGAGCACAAGAGUACGAUCGCGCUCUACGACAGAGUCAGCAUGCGGCGAUGCGCAGGAGACAGCAUUUCGGUGGCAGCGUCGUGGGUACUACGGCUAAUCUGGCCACCUCUACGAUUUGGCAGUCGGGUAUCGGCGUAGAUGGCAACAUGCCGAUGGCGAGAACGGCAGUCCUAGGAGAUUCGCAAGGGAGUAUCACAGCGAUGCAGCAUGGACCCAUGUCACCAAGUCAUCAUGACGGCAUACCCACAGAGGACCUUGCACCAGAUGGUGGUGUUGGAAGCGGGUUGGGUGAAUCAUACGUCGAUGGUGAUACGAAAGGCACAAAACCUUACGAGUCACAGCAGGAGGGUAUCAACGAUGAUGAGGAGUUGGAGGACGGAGGGGUGUUGGGACUGUUAGCUCAAAUAUAUGCGGCAAAGGCCCAAAAGCCUGUACAUGUCAUUUGA